CCAAACAAAAGAAGAAGAUGGAAAUUAUUAAUACGAAGCUGCAGUUGUUCAAUGUAGCGCUGCUCGUUAUAGCUACAUUUGUAGCAGCAAAAUUAAUAACAAAAUGGGCCUUCAAAACUCCCAUCAAAAGCAGCAAACACCUACCACCACCCGUGGUGAAAGGGUGGCUGCCGCUUAUCGGGGGUUUGCUUCGCUUCGUAGCGAACCCCGUCAAGAUGCUAAAGGAGGAGUAUGAAAAUCUUGGUAGUGUAUUUACUUUGGAUGUGUUUAACAAGAAUUUCACAUUCUUGCUUGAACCAGAUGUAUCUGCUCAUUUCUUCAACGCGUCGGAGUGCGAGGCCAGUCAGCGCGAGGUAUAUGGCUACACCGUGCCGAUCUUUGGACCUGGAGUUAUGUACGACGUCGAUUACCCUGUCCGCCAGGAGCAGUUUCGCUUCUUCGAGGAGGCCUUUCGCAUCAACAAACUCAAAGGUUUGGUUGAUAUUAUGCACCACGAAGUUCAGGACUUCUUUUCCAAGUGGGGAGAUACCGGAGAGGUUGAUUUGGCAGUUGAGCUAGGGCAUCUUGUCAUUCUAAUAACAAGCAGAUGCUUUCUUGGUUCGGCAGUCCGCGAUAAUCUUGUUGAUGAUAUAGAUACUCUACUCCAUGAUAUCAACAGUGCGUGGGUACCUAUUACUACCAUGUUCCCCUAUCUUCCUAUCCCAACUCAUCGUCGUCGCGAUAAAGCCCGAGAGAAACUCGAUGAUCUACUUUCAAACAUCAUAGAAUCUCGAAAAUUAUCUGGGAAUUCAGUGGAUGACAUGUUGCAGAGCCUGAUUGAGUCCAAGUACAAAGACGGUCGUGCAGCAACCGUGAAAGAGAUUACAGGUCUACUCAUUACUAUGCUGUAUGGAGGCCAACGUACAAGUUUGAGUACAUCUAUCAGGGCAGGAGCUAAUCUUCUGCUUUAUAAUAAGAAAUACUGGAUUGCGGCUUUAGAAGAGCAGAGAAGUUUGAUGAAGAAGCACAGGAAUACAAUAAAUUACGAUGUUUUAUCAGAAAUGCAAGUAUUGUAUAGCUGUAUUAAGGAGACGUUAAGGUUGCACCCUCCGAUUGCAUUGUUACUGCGCCAAUCUCAUACUGAGUUCGAAGUGAUUACUCGAGAGGGUAAAAAGUAUGGCAUUCCAAAAGGUCAUAUUCUUGUCACUUCAGCUGCUAUCACAAAUCGUCUGCCGCAUAUUUACAAGGAUCCAGAUAAUUUUGAUCCUGAAAGGUUUAAGCUCGGAAGAGAUGAGGAUAAGUUAGCAGGUCGGCUGUCUUUUAUAUCUUUUGGAGGAGGACGACAUAGCUGUCUUGGCGAGACCUUUGCAUACUUAGAGAUGAAGACUAUAUGGAGCUAUCUUCUUAGGAACUUUGACCUCGAGCUGAAAUCUCCAUUCCCAGAGACAGAAUAUAAUGACAUAAUUUGGGGUGUUAAAGGAAAGGUGAUGGUGCGUUACAAUCGUCAAAAUCUUGUAAUUGAUUGAAACUUGGGAAUCCCUGUCCAAGUCUCCAAGAUGUUCAAUUAUGAAUGCUUAUUUAUGUUUACUUGUACACUGCAAGUGUCAUGCAAUGCAAUGCUAUGUCAUUGUUAUAGUUGAAAUACGCAUGUAGUAAGUUUAUGGAGAAAUCAUAUAAAAAAAAAUAAAAAUAAUACUAUCCUCCUCUAUUGCAUU